UGAAAGUUUGUGGAACUCUCUCACUCUUUUUUUCAGCGUGUGUGUGUGACAUCAACAUCAAGAGAGAAAGACAUACAAGGGAGGCAGAGAGAGAGAGAGAGCGGGUUUUGGGGAAACCUAAAUCUGCUUGGCUCACUCAAGGCGCACCAGUCUGCGCAGCUCCUCUGCUUUUUAAAAAAUUUCUCCUUCUGAAUUCUGCAGCCUUCAGCUCUAAGUUUUUAUUUCCGUAGCGGAUGGAUGUUCUCUGACAGGAAGUAACGCUCCAGCACAGCAUUUUCACCUUGUGAAGUUUCAAAAAGUUCACCGGAGUGUGUGGAUGGGGCAUCUGAGUGGACUGGGUGACGCGCGCUUCUAAUAACUUUUCAGCUUUUUCUUCCUUUUUUCUCUUCUUCAAUGGCAAGAUGGUCUUAUAAGGAGACUCUUACUGAUCGGGUCACUCCUGAGAAAGUUUAAGGAACUUGUGCAACGAAUUUCUUGACUUAAGUUUCAUUAAAAAAAUACAACCCGAGCAUCGUUUAACGCAACAAGGAGCCUUGUUUCCACACUAUUUACAACCCGCUGGAGUUUAAUUAGACGUGGAUUGGAGAUCUUUCCCGUGGAUAUCAUGCGUCCAGCCGAGGAGCAGCGCGUCGGGCUUCACCGGAUCUGGGCUCUGCUUUUCGCUGUGAUCGUGUGCGCUGCGUCGGCGGUUGGAUGCCCACACAAGUGUAGCUGCUCCGGCUCGCAUGUGGACUGCCAGGGUCUGGCUCUGAAGACCGUGCCUAAAGGAAUACCGAGGAAUGCCGAGCGCCUGGAUCUGAACAGAAACAACAUCACUAGAAUCAAUAAAGUGGACUUCUCUGGCCUCAAGAACCUCCGGAUUCUUCAUCUGGAGGACAACCAAAUCACUGUUAUCGAGCGAGGGGCCUUCCAGGACCUGCGGCUGCUGGAAAGACUCCGUCUCAACAGAAACAAACUCCAGUUUCUCCCAGAACUUCUCUUCCAGUCCAACCCCAAACUGGGACGAGUAGAUCUGAGUGAAAACCAGAUUCAGGCAGUGCCACGGAAAGCCUUCAGAGGAAUCACCAAUGUAAAAAAUCUGCAACUGGACAGCAACCACAUCAGCUGCAUUGAAGAUGGAGCUUUCCGAGCGCUGCGCGAUCUGGAAAUUCUCACCCUCAACAACAACAAUAUCACCCUUAUCCCCCUGUCCAGCUUCAACCACAUGCCCAAGCUGCGGACACUGCGUCUGCACUCCAACAACCUCCAUUGUGACUGCCAUCUGUCUUGGCUCUCUGAUUGGCUCAGAGCCAGACGGGGAAUGGCCCCCUUCACCCAGUGCAUGUCACCUGCCCACAUGAGGGCUCUCAAUGUCCCAGAUGUGCUGAAGAAGGACUUUAUCUGCAAUGGUCCUGCAGAGAUGGAGCCGAGGACUUGUGUGACCCAGGUCACCGUGUGUCCGCCCAGCUGCAGCUGUAACAACAAUAUUGUGGACUGUCGUCGCAAAGGCCUUGCUGAAAUACCAGCAAACCUCCCAGAGGGCAUCGUUGAGAUUCGUCUGGAGCAGAACCAGAUAAAAAGUGUCCCAGCAGGAGCCUUCACAGCCUACAAGAAGCUCAAGAGAAUUGACUUGAGUAAGAACCAGAUUUCUGACAUCGCGGCAGACGCUUUCAGUGGUCUUCGCUCACUCACCUCUCUGGUCCUGUAUGGCAAUAAGAUCACCGAGCUGCCUAAAGGCAUAUUUGAUGGACUGGUUUCCCUGCAGCUUCUGUUGCUGAACGCCAACAAGAUUAACUGUUUGAGAGUCAACGCGUUCCAAGACCUACAGAACCUGAACCUGCUGUCUUUAUACGACAACAAGAUGCAGACCAUCAGUAAAGGACUCUUCACGCCUCUGCGCUCCAUCAAGACCCUCCACCUGGCCCAGAAUCCCUUUAUGUGUGACUGUCACCUCAAGUGGCUGGCCGAUUACCUGUUUGACAACCCGAUCGAGACCAGCGGGGCCCGCUGCAGCCACCCCAGAAGGCUGGCCAACAAACGAAUCAGCCAGGUCAAAGGCAAGAAGUUCAGGUGCACAGGUCAGGAGGACUAUCGCAGCCGGCUGAGUGGGGAGUGUUUUCAGGAUCUGGUGUGUCCGGAGAAAUGUCGCUGUGAGGGCACAGUGGUGGACUGCUCCAAUCUCAAACUGACCCGACUGCCUCCACACAUCCCUGAACACACCACUGACCUGCGGUUAAAUGACAAUGAGAUUGCCAUCCUGGAGGCUACGGGGACAUUCAAGAAGCUUCCCAACCUGAGGAAGAUCAACCUGAGCAACAAUAAGCUGAAGGACGUCCGUGAAGGUGCAUUUGAUGGAGCGAGUGGAGUUUUAGAGCUGCUGCUAACAGGGAACAAGCUAACUGGACUGCAGGGACGCAUGUUCAAAGGCCUGAGUGGCCUCAAAACACUAAUGCUGCGAAGCAACCAGAUCAGCUGCAUUGACAACAGCACCUUCACAGGUUUGAGCUCCGUACGUCUGCUGUCACUCUACGACAACCGGAUCGCCAGCAUCGCCCCUGGAGCCUUCUCCACCCUGCACUCCUUAUCUACCAUUAACCUUCUGUCCAACCCAUAUGUGUGUGACUGUCACUUGGCCUGGUUGGGUCAGUGGCUGAAGAAGACCAGAGUGGUGAGCGGAAACCCUCGUUGUCAGAAACCAGCCUUCCUGAAGGAAAUUCCCAUCCAGGAUGUGGCCACCCCAGACUUCACAUGUGAUGGUGCCGAAGAUAAUGGUUGUCUUCCUGCAUCUGGUUGUCCUGAUGCCUGCACGUGCUCAGACGGAGUGGUGCGCUGCAGCAACAGAGCGCUGCACUCCCUGCCCAAAGGCAUUCCCAAGGACACCACUGAGCUAUACCUGGAGGGUAAUACCUUGACAUCUGUGCCCAAGGAGCUGGCAGCCCUGAAGCAACUAUCACUGGUGGACCUGAGCAACAACAGCAUCAGCACAUUGGCUCCAUAUACCUUCAGCAACAUGACUCAGCUGGCCACACUCAUCCUGAGCUAUAACCAGAUCCGCUGCAUCCCUGUUCAUGCCUUUGAUGGACUCAAGUCACUCCGUCUGCUAACUCUCCAUGGUAAUGACCUGUCAACCAUCCCCGAAGGAGCGUUCAACCACCUGACAUCUCUGUCUCACCUGGCUCUCGGUGCCAACCCCCUGUACUGUAACUGUGACUUACGCUGGCUCUCUCAGUGGGUCAAGGCUGGCUUCAAAGAGCCUGGUAUUGCUCGCUGUGCUGGACCUGCCGACAUGGCCGACAGACUGCUGCUCACUACACCACUCAACAGAUUUCAGUGUAAAGCUCCAGCAGAUAUCAGCCUUGUGUCUAAGUGUGCCCCCUGUUUGGCAGCGCCUUGCCGGAACAAUGGCACCUGUGUGUCUAAUGAUGCUGGGACCUACCACUGCACCUGUCCAUAUGGGUUCAAGGGUCAGGAUUGUGAAAUUCCCAUCAAUGCAUGUGUCAGUGCCCCAUGUUACAACGGAGGAACCUGCCACAUUCAGCCUGGCCAAGAAGACCUCUUCAGCUGUGUGUGUCCGCCUGGCUUUGAAGGUAAACGUUGUGAGAUGAAUCCAGACGACUGCGAAGACAACGACUGUGAGAACAACUCCACAUGUGUUGACGGGAUCAACAACUACACCUGCGUCUGUCCACCCAACUACACAGGUGACUUGUGUGAUGAGGUGAUCGACCCUUGUCUUAGUGGCUUUGACCCAUGUCAGCACGACUCCAAGUGCGUCCAUGUUGGCCGCAAUUACAGAUGUGAGUGUUUACCAGGAUAUGUGGGCCAGCACUGUGAGCAGGACUAUAAUGACUGUUUAGAGAAUAAAUGUCAGCAUGGAGCAGAGUGUGUGGACGCUGUCAAUGGCUAUACUUGUGUCUGCAAAGAGGGUUUCAGCGGGCUGUUCUGUGAGAACCCUCCACCAAUGAUCCUGCUGCAGACCAGCCCAUGUGACCAAUCAGACUGCCAGAACAGCGCCCAGUGCCUGGUGGUUGCUGGGGAGCCCAUCUGUCGCUGCAUACCUGGUUUCUAUGGCAAUAAAUGUGACAAAAUCUCCACUGUUCACUUCCUGGGUCGCGAUGGGUACGUGGAGCUGCCAGGCACCAAACUCCGUACAACAGCUCUUAUCUCACUGCAGGUGGCUACAGAAAAGGACAAUGGCAUUUUAUUGUACAAGGAGGACCAUGACCCCCUAGCGCUGGAGCUUUACCAAGGACACAUACGGCUUAUUUAUGACAUCGCCAACUACCCACCGACCACAGUGUACAGCGUCGAGUCAGUUAACGACGGACUUUUCCACACAGUUGAGCUGUUGAUUCAGAACCGCUCGCUGAGCCUGGUGGUGGAUAACGGCGCCCCAAAGAGCCUGGGCAAACUAGCACGCCAGCCCUCCAUGGACCACAACACUCAGCUUUACAUAGGGGGUGUACCACCACAGGUGGUGGCAUCAGGUCUGCGGCCAGGCCCUGAGCGCUCACCUCAGACUUUUGAUGGCUGCAUUAAUAAUGUCCGGAUCAACGGAGACACUCAAGACCUGAGUUUUAGAUCAACAGGAAGAGGGCAGUCGCAAGGAGUUGAAAGCAAGGGUGAUGGCAUUCUUGUAGGAUGUCAUUCCUGUAGUGUGUGUGCACAGGGCACCUGCAGAGAGGCAGGGGAGAUGGGGGUCACUUGCGAAUGUCCUCCAGGACGCAGUGGGGCUCUAUGUGAUGAAACAACAGCUCCUAAUCCCUGUCAGAAUAACAGGUGUGUUCAUGGUUUGUGUGUGGCAAAAGGUCAAUCCUAUAGUUGUCAAUGUAAUGAGGGCUACCAGGGUCAGUACUGUGAUAAAGAGCAGGAGCCUCCAGCCUGUAGGGGGCACAGCUGUGGACGAGGGGAGUGUCAUGUGUCAGAGGCUGGAGAACCGGUCUGCAAGUGUCAACCAGGCUACACUGGACCAACCUGUGACACAGAGCCCACAUGUCAGGGGGAAAUGGUGAGGGAGCAGCUAAAGCGCCACCAAGCCCUCAGAACCUGCACGUCCACCAGCAAGAUUCCCCGCGUGGAUUGUCCACGGUCCUGCCAAGCGUCAGCGCCCCCUGGCGUUUGCUGCGGUGUCACUAAAACCAGAAGAAGAAAGGUGGUUUUCCGCUGCACUGAUGGCACCUCGUACUCAGAGGAGAUGGAGACCACUCUGGAAUGUGGCUGCUCCAAAUGCCCUUUGUAACAGUACAGCAGAUUGUUGUUUGCCCUGCAACACACACCGCUCUGCCGUCAUGUGAAUUGUUCAAGUCAACAAGGCUGUCACUCUGAGAUUUCUCCACACUGAUAAACACCAGCACUCCAUGAUUAGCUUCCACAUCCUGUUUGACUGUCGCCAGCUUUUUGUCAAGAAGACCCACAACAAUAAGGAAAAUGGGACGUGUGUGUGUGUGUGUGUGAGUGCGCGUGUGUGUGUGUGUGUGUGUGUGUGUGUGUGUGAGUGCGCGUGUGUGUGUGUGUGUGUUUGAUUUUUGACAGAGAUAUAUAUUGUAAAAUAUGAGUGAAAAACAUAGAACUUAUUUUUAUGAUGGUUUUUUAAAUAUGAUAAAAAGGACUGAUGAUUUGUUUUUAAUAUGUUGAUUAUAUAAUGUGUUAUAUAGUCUAAAAAAUGAUUUUCCACCUUGCAGAAAGAGAAAAAUACACAGCAAAAUGAAUUAACAUUUGUUAAAAGUAUAUGAAUUUAAAUGUACAUGUAAAUCAAUAUAAAUAUUUACCCUAACCAAAUGACUUUUAUAUCUUCUAAGUGUAUUUGCAUGAUGGUAAUGUGAGUGUGGAAAUGAGUGGGAGGCUGUGGACGUUGAGAGCAGAGAUCUGAGAGUUGGAUCUACUUUAACUCUACGCCAGGAGCAAGAUGGCAUUAUUCUGUUGUCCUCGCUCGUGGAGGAUUAAAGGGAACUGUACGUGCCUUGCUAACCUGCUUCACUAUAUAAAGGACAUCUUCCUCACAUGUGAGCUCACUCAGAAGACUCUUUCCACAGAGACGAUCUAAUGUUUCAUUCUAAUGUGGUGUCAUUCUGUACUUUGCUGUUGUGCACCAGACUUGGAGCCACAUCAGGUUUGAAAUUGAAAUCUCAGUUAAUCAAGAUUCAGAAAUUCAAAUCAACAAGAAGAAAUAACAUCACAGUAUUGAUUUUAAACCUGUUUCCUGUUAAAAAUUUAAAUAAUAGGCAGGCUAAUCCCAGUGAGAUGUGGAAGCUCGUACUGAUAAAAACAAUAAAAUGUUACUCUGACCAGGUGUAAAUGGGGAUGCUCUGUUACAUCAUCUGAACAAGGAUUUCACAGUGAAAUAAACUAUGCAGUACUGCUGUUCAGUCCUACAAGAGGUAUGUUACUGCUGCAGUUCCAACUGUUAGUCCAUUAUUUUCAAAUGUUUGUAAUGUGCUUACAGUCCUGUAACAAAAGUCAGAUCAAAUGGCAAACAAACGGUCUGUAUUCGAUAUAGCACCUUCUAGAGUCCUAGAACCCCCCCAAGGCGCUUUACAACACAAUUGGUCAUUCACCCAUUCACACACACAUUCACACCCUGCUGGUGAUGUGCUAUGAUGUAGCCACAGCUGCCCUGAGAUGCACUGACAGAGGCGAGGCUGCCGAGCACUGGCGCCACGGGUCCCCUCUGACCACCACCAGCAGGCAACGGCCUUUUACUACCCCUGAGCAGUAAAACACUGCAUUUGCCUUAAACAGAAUCACAAUGCUGCAAGCAUUUGCAUGGGUGUGCUUGUUGUUUUUCAUGAAAUUGUCUCAAGAUUUUCAUCAUCUGCUUUUGAAAACUUGACCAUUUUAAUUGCAUGUAGGCCAGAAAAAGUACAUAAAAUCAAAGUUUGUUUUCUUCCAAAAGGAAAUGAUGCUGUAUUAGCAAACAUCACAUAUUUUAUUUAAACUGUGUUAAACAAAUAUCUCAACAUUUUAAGCUGUCUUAAACAAUAGAGGCCUUAUAAUGAUGCCACAGUUCUUUUAGUGUGGAUUACUUCCUACAACAAUCAUAGUCCAAUGCUGAUUGUGAAACUGAAAUAUCAACAAGUGUCCUUGUGAUUUUCCCUGCUCUUAAAAAUGUAUAGUUUAACCCAAAGUCAUGCAAUAGAGACAAUGCUAGCCUCUGGAUGAACUGCAUUGGGAACGAAGGUUAAAAGAUAAGUGAAUACAUGAAACUGUUAAAAGAUCACCAGUGAUUUAGGUUUCAUGACUGACUUUAUUUAAUGGAUGUUUGAAAGAGUGCCUUUUAGUUGGUGACCAAAGGAACAGCUCCAGGUUGAAAGUGAACAUGUUCUAUUGUAACUCAUCUGAAGUGAUGCCUUUGAUCAGCUUUGGGACAGAUUGUGAUUUUAAAUGGAUUACUCACAUCUCAGCUGCUUAAAACAUUUUAACUCCUGAAUAACCAAUAACUAUUACAUUAAAGCAUAAAAUGAGUAUAUGUAACUACUACUGUACUGUUUACUUUAUACUUUAUUACUUUGUUUACAGCAGAUACAAAAUAUUCCAACACUUUUGCAGAGGAUUUACAGCUCCUUGUUUUCUUUUGGGGGUCAGUGUUAUUCUUACCUGCCAGCAUUAUGGAUUUUCAAUUCCAUCUAUCUAGUACCUUUUUUAAAUAAAUCGUUAAUUUUCCAUGUGUCUCUCUUAAUUUUUCAUGAGAGCAAUCUGUGAAAUCUCCUUUUGUCAAAACAUUCAUUUGCAGCUUUUCUGCUCCGUUUCAACCCUUUGUGUGCCUUAAUGCCCCACCCUCUCUCUGACCCUAUCCUCCAGAUUCUUAAAACCAGGUUUUUCAUUGUGAACAGAAUAAAACACCUCAGUUUUAGUUAUUGACAUUAAAAUGACUGUAUUCACUCACUUGUAUAGGUCCUAGAUUUUAAAAACAUGGUUAUGUGACAAAUGAUGCUUUUGUUGAAUGUUAAGAUUAAACUACCAUUGAAACCACA